AGAACCUUGAACCGAGAACGAUCUAGGCAACUAUACGACACCGCCAAGGACGUGAUUCCCGGCGGUGUUAACAGCCCCGCGCGCUCUUGGGGCGCGGUUGGCGGCAAUCCAUUAUUUCUCACAAGAGGCUCCGGCAGCAGAGUCUGGGAUGCGGACGGCAACGAAUAUAUCGACUAUGUGUGCUCUUGGGGCCCGCUGAUUCUUGGACAUGCCAACGAGAGCGUCGUGGCGGCGAUAACUCAGGCGGCGGCGGACGGCACCAGCUUCGGCGCUCCCACCGAGCGUGAGAACGAGAUUGCGCAGCUAGUCGUAGAUGCCUACGAAUCCAUCGAAAUGGUGCGCUUCGUGAACUCUGGAACAGAGGCGACUAUGAGCGCGCUGCGUCUGGCGCGAGCGUACACGGGCAGGUCUAAGAUCGUCAAGUUCGAGGGCGGUUACCACGGGCAUUCGGACGCUUUGCUGGUAGCAGCUGGGUCGGGAGCGCUGGCACACGGCGUACCGGACAGCGCGGGCGUAACCGCAUCUUUCGCGCAGGAUACUCUCCUUGGAGUAUUCAACGACCCUGCAUCCGUAGAGGCGCACUUUGACGCUUUUCCUGAAGAUAUUGCCUGCGUCAUCGUCGAACCUGUCGCAGGCAAUAUGGGCGUUGUGCCACCGCAUGACAGAUUCUUGCAAGGUCUGCGUGAUCUGACUGAGAAACACAAUUCUCUGCUGAUUUUCGAUGAGGUUAUCACCGGCUUCAGGGUGGAGUAUGGCGGCGCGCAGCAGCGAUACGGCAUCAACGCCGAUAUCACCUGUCUGGGCAAAAUCAUCGGCGGCGGCAUGCCCGUGGGCGCGUACGGCAGCAGCGCGGAGAUCAUGGCGACAGUCGCGCCGCUGGGAGCGAUGUAUCAGGCGGGUACGCUGUCAGGCAAUCCGGUGGCAAUGGCGGCCGGCAUAGCCACUCUGGAGCAGUUGCAGGAGCCAGGCGUGUACAACGCGCUUGGGGCGAAGGCUGCGUCGCUUGCGGCAGGACUACAGGAAGUGUUCGCAGAAGCUGAGAUUCCGUUGCGAAUUAACCGAGUCAGCUCGAUGAUGACGCUGUUCUUCAAUGCGGGCGAGGUCAACAGCUGGGAGACGGUGUUAGCAUCGGACAGGGAAGGUUUCGGCCGCUUCUUCCACAGGAUGCUGGAAGAGGGUGUGUAUCUGCCGCCGUCGCCGUUCGAGGCAAUGUUCGUCUCAACGGCGCACAGCGAUGCGAUAUAG